AUGGAUGUUAUAUCUUACUUUAACAAAUUAUCAAUGUUGUGGCAAGAGAUAGACCUGUGUCGAGAGAUUGUCUGGAACUGUGCACAAGACGGGGCUCAAUACUUGAAAAUUGAAGAGGCAGACCGUGUGUAUGUGUUCUUGGCUGGAUUAAAUCCUAAAUUCGAUGGUGUCCAUAGUCGAAUAUUGGGCCAACCUCUACUCCUUCACUCAGAAAAGCGACGACAGUCUCAUGAAAAAUCUAAUAUCGGUCGUGCCCUAGUAAGUGACUUAGCAGAUGAACAUACUCAGAAGCAGUCUUCCGAUGAUAGUAAGAACAACUUGAUUACUGUUGGGGUGAGUGCUAUUGCACAAUCAGGUAAUUUCCCUUCAUUUUUCCUUAUUAGUAUAAAUGGUAAAAAACCAUGGAUGGUGGACUUAGAGGCCACAGAUCAUCUUACAAGUUCUUCAAAAUUGUUUGUGUUGUAUAACCCAAGUGCUGCAAAUGAGUGUAUUCACAUUGCAGACGGGUCUUUUGCCCCUGUUGCAAGGAAAGGCCAUAUCUCCCCGUUUGACGGUUUAAUUCUGGGUGAUACUUUACAUGUGCCUAAAAUCUCUUAUGAUUUGUUGUCUGUCAGUAAAAUUACAAGGGAUUUGAAGUGUAAGGCAAUUUUCUCACCUGAUUCCAUUUUGUUUCAGGAUCUGAAAUCGGGGAUGACGAUUGGCACUGCCCGGCACGAUAGGGGACUCUACUUCCUUUCUGAAGAAGAUUCCUCUAAAGAUGAUCAUCAAACUGGUGAUGUAUGGGCUCCUUCACCGUUUACCACUUCCACUGGUAAAUGGUGGUUUGUCAUAUUUAUAGAUGAUCACACUCGCCUUACUGGGUCCUUCUCCUCAUUGACAAAUCUGAGGUAUCAUCUAUUUUCUAACAAUUUUAUACAACUGUCGAGACUCAAUUCAAAACGAAGAUUGGAAUUUUACGAAGUGAUAAUGGGCGAGAAUUCUUCAAUGCCUUCUUCAGGUAUUUUCUUUUCUCUAAGGGGGGAUGUGGUUCUUACUGCUACCCAUCUCAUUAAUCGGAUGCCUUCUCGUAUUCUUAAUCUUCAUACUCCUUUAGAACUGUUUAAAGAGUUCUUCUCAACCACUCGAUUAAUCUCCGAUGUUCCUCUUCGGGAAAAUCUCAGGAAUGAAGUAGUGUCACAUGUCGAACCAGAACCACCGGCUCUAGUGCAUGAGUCAGACCCACCAUCAGAUCCAAGUACGUACAUUCCUGAAAUUAAUGAUGUUGAUUUGUGUAUGGAGACUAAUGAAUGUAGGCAAGAUAAGGGAGAAGAAAGUAGUAAUACUGAAAGAAUGGCAGAAGGGGAGACAAUAGAGAAUGAAAUGAUUCUUGCUAAUGAUGAUGUGGAGGAUACUACUGAAAUCUCUGAUACACAGACAGUCGAUCAUGGUGAGGAGCCUAGAAAGGUGAAGGAACGUGAUGCAUCGCUUGAUCUUCCUAUAGCUCUGAGGAAAGGCACUCGUUCAUGUACUAAAUACCCUAUGCAUAGUUACAUGACGUAUAUUAAUCUAGCAACCGAGUUCAAAGCAUUCACUACCAGUUUGGACACUGAGAUGGUUCCAAAUGACAUAAGUGUGGCAAUGAAAAAACCAGAAUGGCGGUCUACUAUUAUGGAUGAAAUGAGAGCUCUCGAGAAGAAUGGAACUUGGGAAUAG